GACGUUUUUCAUGAAUUUAGCAAAAAAGUUUGAGAAAAUCCAUUUGUCUAGAAUCAAAGUUCUUCAAAGAUCUAGAAGAAAUAAAGAAAAUACCUCGAGUUUUAUAGGAUUUUCCAGAGGAUUUUCUAAAGGUUCAAAACCAUAUUAUUUAAAAAAAAGCACACAUGCGUGCGACGAUAUUACUUGCACAUGCGUGUUGAAAGUCGACUCAUCUCGCUGCUUCGACUCGCGUAUUAAUAGCGUAGGUGAGAUUUUCGACGACAAUAUUACAAAUAAAAAAUUCGAUUCCCAACAAGGACACAAAAGAUUUCCACAAACGAAAAUGUCUUCGGGCUUGGCCUCCCGCUUGAAGCAUCCCAAAAAACACGAACUCGUUAAAUCCCAUAGUCAAGCACAAAUUUUAGCAAAUAAACUGAGACAGGAUGGAGUCAUGGUCGCAGUUGAAGGCGUACUCCAAGCUGUGGAUCAAGUAGCAGCCCUUUUGAUCUCAAAUAUACCUGAUAUAAAUUAUAAAGACAGUAUUAUUAAUCUGUGCCAGCAUCUUAAGGUGUAUGGGGCAUAUCUGGAAAUACUGUAUAAAGAGCAAUUGGAUCAUGCUUUCAAGGUGUUCAGGGACAAAGCCCAAGACGAUACGCGAGUCGAUAUGCUUUCUCGAUUACAUUUACUCGAACUUAUCGAAUUACGAGCCAAAGGUUGGAAAGGAACCGAUGGUAUGAAUAUGUAUUACAAGAAGAAGCUGAAUCAAUGUUCUCAGGUAGAUCUAUCUGAUUCUGUGACGAGCAUUGCCGAUUCAAUGUCAUCAGUAUUAACCUUAAAUUCAUCCCAGCCCUUGUUAGGACCUGGCGAGGUGAUCAAGCCGUCGGGCAAAUUCGCAAAACCUACCAGAAUACCUGGUAAAAAAUAUUGCAAAGACGAAGUUGUGAUCAGAAACGCUGAUUCUGGCAAAGUGAUGGGUAUCAAAGGACGGCGCGUUCAUAUGAUAGAGGAAUUAAGCGAGACUAUCAUUUCGUUCCAGAGAGUUAGCCCCGGUGCCAAGGAAAGAUUGGUACAAAUUACCGGAGCCAACGAGGAGAGUAUUAACCACGCUAAGCAACUGAUCGAGGACACGAUCAGAAGGAACGCCUCGCCGGUACGCGAGGGCAGUUCCGGUGCCGGCGGCCCCCUGACCGGUUCCAGUUCCAGCAUCAACUCGUCCGCAAGCGACGACAGCGCCCUGCCGUCGUCGGCCAGAGCGUCGCGAGCUCUGAUGCACAGCCUCAGCACGCCGGACGCCAACCUCGGCGAGUACAAGUACACGGUGAUCACGAACGGACACACCAUUAAGAUCACCGGGGAUAAUUUGGAUUUGGUUAGGACUAGUAAACUGGUCUUGGACGAAUACUUUUCCGGUGAAACCAUUCACGACGCCGCCCAGUUCUACAGCUUCGACAGCCUCCCGCAACCCGUCCUGCCCGACAGCAUACUCGAUUCUCCUAUCUCGCCACCCGACGCUCUCCCCGCCGCGUGGCCAUUGGUCAACGGACAGACGCCGCUCACGCCCACAACUGCAGCGGCUUCGACAGUCCCGUCCCCAGCCACGCCCCCUGCUGCACCGCCCAAAGACGAGCCAGAUCAAAAGAACACUUUGAGACAGCCCCGUCUAUCGGCCGAAGACGUACUGAAAGCUGCGAAAAUAUCGCAAGUUGCAGACGCCUCGCCCGUCACCACUCCGAAAACUCCCAACUUUGUUAAAAAUCCUUUGACGUAUUCCAUAGAAAUUUUGGCGCAGCUGGCCAUGUCACCCCUGUGUUUGUCCGAACCGAACGAAUGGGAGAGAAUCUUGCAAGAGUAUCCUACACUAGCACGCAAGGUUGUGCAAAGUUUCGAUGCCAAACAAUAUCUGUCAAUCCGUACAGAAGAACCCAUUGGACUCCUAAACUCUGAUGACAUACCCGAAGACGUUUGACGUAAACGUUUUUAAUUUGUGCGAAUUUAUUUUAUAAUUUUCUUAUGAAAUCAAUAUCGAAACUAAGAAAAAAUAACAAAAAAAUCAAAUAAGUAACAAAACAAAACGUUAAAUAUCUCAUUUAUUUAAGUUUAAUAUUCUCAAAAAAAAAA